UUGGGCCGCCAGAAUGCUGGACUUGCCCAGGGGCACUGCAGAUGUGGAGGGCAAAUGUCUGAGGGCUUUGGGGCAGGCACUGAAGGCAGCCUCUUUUCACAUCUGUAGCAGCUUUUUUCCCCUUGUCUGGGGGUCAAAGGAGAAGGGCCCAGAGAAUGGCAUCCCAGGCGGCCAGCAAUCAGACCCCUGGGGCUGCGGAUGACUCUUAUGACAGCUGGUACAUCGAUGAGCCCCAGGGUGGAGAGGAGCCCCGCCCGGAGGGGGUGGUGCCCGUCUGCCACUCCAGUGUCUCGCCCAGCCUCUACCAUACCUGCCUGGCCUUGCUGUCGAUCCUCGUAUUGCUGCUGCUGGCUGUUCUUGUGAGGCGCCGCCGGCUCUGGCCCCACUGCGGACAUGGCAGGCCCGGGCUGCCCAUCCCUGUGGAUUUCUUUGCUGAGGACGGACCCCGGACAGUGCCCGCUGCUGUCUUCGUGGUCCUCUUCAGCUCCCUCUGCUUGCUGCUCCCCAGUGAGGACCCACUGCCCUUCCUGGCCCUUGUCUCGCCACCCAGCCAAGAUGGGGAAACUGAGACUCCAAGAGGGCCCUGGAAGAUGCUGGCCCUGCUCUACUACCCUGCCCUCUACUACCCCCUGGCCGCCUGUGCCACGGCUGGACACAGAGCCGCGUACCUCCUCGGCAGCCUGCUGGCCUGGGCCCACUUUGGGGUCCUGGUCUGGCAGAGGGCGGAGUGUCCCCAGGCACCCAAGAUCUACAAGUACUACUCCCUGCUGGCCUCCCUGCCUCUCCUUGUGAGCCUUGGAUUCCUGAGCCUUUGGUACCCGGUGCAGCUGGUGAGGAGCUUCAGCCGCAGGGCAGGAGCAGGUUCCAAGGGGCUGCAGAGCAGCUUCUCGGAGGAGUAUCUGAGAUACCUCCUUUGCCGGAAGAAGCUGGAAAGCAGCUCCCACACCUCCAAGCGCAGCUUCCUGUCCGGGGCCUGGAUCUGCAUCAGACCCUACAGCUACACUCCACAGCGAGGAUUCCGACUCCCCCUGAAGCUGGUGCUUUCGGCCACCCUGACAGGGACAGCCAUCUACCAGGUGGCCCUGCUGCUGCUGGUGGGCGUGGUGCCCACCGUCCAGAAGGUGAGGGCGGGGAUCACCACGGACGUCUCCUACCUGCUGGCGGGUUUUGGCAUCGUGCUCUCAGAGGACAAGCAGGAGGUGGUGGAGCUGGUGAAGCACCACCUGUGGACCGUGGAAGUUUGCUACAUCUUGGCCUUGGUCCUGUCUUGCUUACUCACCUGCUUCGUAAUGAACCGCUCACUGGUGACACACAGAGCCAACCUGCAAGCUCUGCACCGAGGGGCUGCCCUGGACCUGGGCCGCCUGCCCCGGAGUCCCCAUCCCUCUCGCCAGGCCAUAUUCUCUUGGAUGAGCUUCAGCGCCUACCAGACUGCCUUUACUUGCCUUGGGCUCCUGGUGCAACAGACCAUCUUCUUCCUGGGGAUCAUGGCCCUUGCCUUCCUGGUGUUCAUCCCCAUGUUCCAUGGCACGAACCUCCUGCUCCUCCGAGCCCUGGAGUCCUCGUGGGCCUUCUGGCUGACCUUGGCCCUGGCUGUAAUCCUGCAGCACAUGGCGGCCCACUGGGCCUUCCUGGAGACUCACCAUGGACGCCCAGAGCUGACCAACAGGCGAGCUCUCUAUGCAGCCACCUUCCUUCUCUUCCCUGUCAACGUGCUUGUGGGUGCCAUGGUGGCUGCCUGGCGGGUGCUACUCUCUGCCCUCUACAACACCGUCCACCUCUGCCAGAUGGACUUCAGCCUGCUGCCCCCCGGAGCUGCCACACUCGACCCCGGCUACCACACAUACUGCAAUUUCUUGAAGACUGAGGUCAGCCAGUUGCACCCAGCCAUGACAGCCUUCUGCUCCCUGCUCCUGCAAGCGAGGAGGCCCCAGCCCCAGCCCCUGGUGGACUCCCAGGAUGGCCUCAGACCUGGCGAGGAGGAAGAAGGGAUGCAGCUGCUGCAGACCAAGAACCCUUCUGUCAAGGGAGUGGGACCCAGGGCUGGUCGGGGCAGGGCCCGCUGGGGUGUGGCCUACACACUGCUCCGUAACCCAGCCCUGCAGGCCUUCCGGAAGACAGCCUUGCCAGGUCUCCGGGCUAAUGGGGCUCAGCCCUAAGGGAAAGCCAAGUCCCCUCCCCUUUCCGUGCCAGGGCAUUUCCCUCUUCCUCCCAUCCCACUCCUCUCCCCUACCCGUACCCCCAGCACAUCAUCACAGCCCAAGAUAUGGCAGCUCCCCACACCCACUUAGCACCUGCUCCCUCAGAUCCCCAGGGGCCCAUAGCCCUAAUGACCAGCCCCUGGGGCUGGGGGCAGCUGUGGUUGGGUGGAAGUCUGCUGUGAACUUCAAGAGGGCUCUGGAGAAGCAAUUGGCAGUUUAGGCCCUUGGUGCAGGAGCUAGGGGAGCCAUGGCAGUCUCUGGUGGGGAGCGGAGGGCCGCCACAUCUGGGCCCCUCCCCACCCUGGCUCAGCCAGCAGCUUCACAGGGCCUUUCUGUGGCCUUUUCCUGAACGGGACUGGCCAUCCCGGACCUGGAAAGCCUGGGAUUCCAGUUCAGACCCACCUCGGCCCUGGACUUCACCGCCUGUAACCAGAUAUGGCUGCCUUGCUCCUCCCGCUUUCCCUCCCCUUGUCUGGGAAACAGCUGCAAGGCAGGCCCAGGAGGAAGCCUUGGGCUCCUGGCACAGAGCUACCCACACCGGGAGCCAGAUAUUUUUGUAGUUUUUAUAUCUUUAGAUAUUAUGAAAGAGGUUAGUGUGUUCCCUGUAAUAAACUUGUC